UCUGGUAACCUUCUGAUAAUCGAGCAAUUUGCCAAAUGUCAUCUCAAUACUCAGAGUUGUUUGAUUCUGACAAUCCUAUUGCAGAUGUAUUCUCAGACUUUUUUCCAUCUUCUCAACGACUAUCCUCGUUAAAUCAAGUCCCUGCAGGCCUUGAAUAUAUUGGCAAAUUAAACCAAUUCAUCAAAUGGACUAAGGAUACACACGAUGUAUUCAUUGAGUGGUGGAAGCUAUCACGAUGGUAUGAACAACACUCAGAUCAUACUACAAAACUCCUUACGAAGAUUGCAUGGGAUUCAACGAACCGGAGUUCUCAAUACUGGAGAAGUUAUCACCAAGGAGCAGACCGGCUUUCUGGAGAACCAUGUGUCAUUUGUACUUAUUGUGGAAAUAAUGCUUGAUAGUAUUGCGGACAACGAGCAUUUUAUUGGAGGAAAGGUACAACACAUACCCUGCCUAGCUCAUGUUAUUCAACUUGCCCUUAGUGCUCUCCUUGGCCGAAUCCGGAUUACGCCAACAAAUCAAGAGAUCUUAAUGAACUGGGAAGAAGAGAACCAGAUGGAGGGCCUUGCAAAGUUACAAAAAGACAAGGGUAUCGGAUUUACACUUGGAAAGCUCCGGAAGCUCACUAUCUUUGUUAAUUCAAGUCAUACUCGAAGGAACAGGUUUAUGACUUUGCAAAAGGCAAACAUGAACCGGGGUCAACCAUCUCAGAGACUUCUUCGACUUAUUCAAGAUGUAUCAACUCGAUGGGAUUCGACAUGCCAUAUGCUUCUGCGAGCACAGCAACUCAAGUCAACAAUCAAUCAAUAUACCCGAGGCGAUCAUGGUGCUCAUAUGUUUAGACUUGGCGAGGUAGAAUGGAAGCACAUCGAAUACAUCAUUGAUCUUACAAGACCAUUCAACUUCUUUACAACAAACAUUGGAUCGUCAGCUGGACCUACUGUCUGCUAUACACUCAGAGUAUAUCAAAAACUCUUAUCAACGCUUGAAGGAACUUGGCACCGGCUACGGCAUAAGACAUAUCCAUGGGUAGCAAAGAUGACUUUAGCAAUCGAUGCUGCAGAGAAGAAGAUUAAGAAGUAUUAUAACAAGCUAUACACAAAUACAGGAUCUAUCUCGCAUUUGCUAGUAUCUUAAAUCCUAGUGUGAAGCUCUCACACUUUAACAAAA